AUGCUUAAGGUUGCAACAUUGUUGGUGGUGCUGGCUGUAGUCGCCAGUUCGCAGGCCUGGCAGGGUGGGCGCAAUGGCAACGGAGGAAAGGGAGGAACAGCUGGUGAGCUGGAUGGACGCAGGGAAGAUCAACGUCGCGAAUGGGAUGCUUGGAGAGCGGAGCGACAACGAGCGCUAGAUGCUGCUUGGGGAGAUGGUCGCGAAGACAGGGACAAUCAAGCAGAUGAAGAAGGAUCUAGAGAAGGACAAGAUAACGAAGGUGGGGGCGAAGGGCAACUGAGAGGAGAAGGCGAAGAUGGAGAUGGUGAUGGUGAUAACCAAGGAGAUGAUAACGAAGGGGGCCGAGACGGGGAAGGCGAUGGCGAAGGCGAACGCGGAAGUGGCGAGAAUGGUGAACGCGGUGGACGUGGUAAUGGAAACGGUCGUGAAGACAAGGAGAAGGUGAAGGAGGUCGUCAAGAAGGGCAAGGUGGUCGAAGAAAUGAACAAGGAGGUCGUCGGGAGGGUGGUCAGAAUGAACAACGAGGUCGUCAAGAAGGAAAUAACCGAGAGGGACAAGGAGGUCGACAAGGCGAUCGGAAUCGUGAAGAAUCAAACCAGAAUGGUCGACAGAAUGGUCGGGAACGCGGUCAGGGAGAUGGCCGUCAGCAAAAUCGACAAGGAGAAGGACAACAGGGUAACCAAAAUUCGAGCCGUCAAAGCGGACGACAGGAAAAUCGUAAAGGUGGAAGACAAGGCAAUGAUCGAGGGGGAGAGCAGGGAAAUCGCCAAGAAGCAAGAGAUGGCAAUAAUCAAAGAGACGGACAACAAAAUCGCCAAAAUGGACGCCAGGAAAAUGGUAAUAACAGAAGUAAUCAGCAAAAUGGAAGACAGGAUAAUCGACAGGGAGGCAAUCAAGGAAAUCGACAGGACGGUCGACAGGGCGGACGUCAAGAAGGAAGAGAGGGUAAUCAAGAAGGAAGACAAGGAAAUCGCCAAGAAGGACGCCAGGGAGAAGGAAGAGAUCGUCAGAAUGGUCGUCAGGGUGGUAAUGAAGAACGCCAGGAAGGUCGCCAGGGAGGCCGUCAAGGGCAAGAAAACCGUCGAGAGCAGACUAAUGGGGUAG